AUGGCCAAAACGUUUAUAAGAGAUGAGGAACUUUGCAGGCGGUAUGCGCAGUUUGCAUCCGAGCUGGACCGGUGGCACUUCAAGAUCAUCUACUGGUUCAUGUUCGUGCUUAAUCUUGUGAUCCUGUUCAUUGCAUCUUGGACAUACACAAAAAGCCAGGAAGCGAAUGAGCAGCUUAGUCACGAGCCACAGAGGCGAUCAAGGAGUCUAGUCAAGUACAUGCUGAUGUGCCUUGGCUGUGUUCUAUUUUCAGCCGCAUUGGUUGUUAUGGAAGCCUUUGCUCUCUUGGCUCUGCAAUUCUGCGAUGGGGAGAAUCUGAUUUCCCUAUACUGGUCUACUUGGACCAUGAUCCAGGUUGGAUCCCUGAUCGCAAUGAUGGGCAUCAUCCUUGCCAUGGCACAUUCGUUGCGAAACAGGAGACAUCCACCGUGGGCUCUUGCUUUGGGAACGCCGGUUCUCGUCAUCGCCGGUUUGUUGCAUCUCAUCCACGAUUGCACAAAGAAGCGGGUCAAUAAGAUUAAAAACGGUUCCAUCAUGAAGAGCAGCGCUCCUUCUAUGAGUGAAGUGAAUACAAUCCAAGGGAACCCGGAAGACGAUCUGGAGAAUUCGAUCUUGGGCGAGUUCAUUGGAUUCACAGUGGAAGGCGGUCCAAUUGUCCGCUUCAACGAUUCUAUGCCACUGAAUCUCAACCCCGACUACGGAUUCGAAGUUUUGGGAUACUGCGAUGGCACUCGACCAGUAGUGGCAUAUCAAAAGGGCUCCAUCCAGUGCCACUAUGAAUUGUUUCUUGAUGGGUGGGCGAGGCCCUAA